GGGACAUUUUUCAGCAGUGCACCAGUUUCCUGUGUAUGUCCAGUAUAGUAAACAACAACGGCAGGGGUGCGAGUGAGUAUGGGAACGGUGUAUAUUGAAAGAAAAAAAAUUGACCUGGUUUGAAAAGGAUAAUUGUGAGCCAUGCCACCCAUUCAUCGGUCAAGAAGUCACAGUUCCGAGCCUGUCCACAGUCCCAGAAAGAAAAAACACAGCCGGUCCAGAAGCAGAAGCAGGAGCCGGUCCAGAAGCCCACCAGUGAAAUCCAGUAAGCACAAUGCAGGGUUUUUUAAAGAAGCGAGAAAGACAAGGUGGUCUCGGUCUCAUUCCAGGGAGAGAGGUGGACCUAAAUUCCCUACUGAAAACCAGCACAGCCGAUCGAGAUCCAGAGAGAGGGUCGCGAGAUCCAGCCAGCGGGACGUAAGAUCCAACUGUGGAAGUUACGAUAAAGCUCGACUGGACCAUUAUGAAAAAAGAGAAGAUGUGCUUCGGCAGAGACAAGAUACUUUCAUAUCCAGGCGACUGCAAGAACGUGAGAGAAUCGGGGAGUUGGGAGCACCUGAAAUCUGGGCAGUGUCACCAAAAGUUCCAGAACCAGAUUCUGAUGAACACACUCCGGUAGAAGACGACGCUAAAAACAGUUCUGAUUCAAGUUCACAAGAUGAAAGGAAGAAGAAAAAGAAAAGGAAGAAGUCGAAAAAGUCAAAAAAGAAGAAACACAAAAAGCAUUCUGAAGAGAGUGACAGUGAAUCAGAAAGUGCUUCUGAAGACAAGAAGAAGAAAAAGAAAAAGAAAACCAAACAUAAAAAGAAGAAGUCAAAGAAGAAGAGGAGGAAAAAGAGCCAAAAGGAAUCCAGUGACUCCAGCAGUGAGCAGUCAGAAGAAGAAGAACAGAAUGGGGUUCUCUGGGUGGAGAGAUCUAGUAACAAGGAUGAAUGCGUCGUUGGUCCUGAAGCUCCAGUUGAACACAUGUCUCAAGAUGACAAACCUUUAAAUUUCGGUCACGCUCUGCUCCCCGGAGAAGGAGCAGCCAUGGCAGAGUAUGUUAAAGCCGGGAAGAGAAUCCCUCGUAGAGGUGAAAUUGGGUUGACCAGUGACGAGAUUGCAAACUUUGAACAUUCUGGUUAUGUGAUGAGUGGCAGCAGGCAUCGCCGUAUGGAGGCUGUGCGUCUGCGUAAGGAAAACCAGAUCUACAGUGCUGAUGAAAAGAGAGCCCUGGCAUCUUUCAAUCAGGAGGAGCGGAGGAAGAGGGAGAGCAAGAUCCUAUCCAGCUUCAAGGAAAUGGUGUACAGGAAAACCAAAGGCAAAGAUGACAAAUGAAACCCGACAAGGUUAUUACCUUUCACAGCAAAAGCCUGAAUCACAACUCUACAUUUGGGGGUUGUUUUAUUUGUUUUUUUCCUGUAACAUGGGGAGAAAUGUAUUUUCUUUUAAAAUAUUUAAAAAUCUGUUUUCUACGUUUAUUGACGGCCUGUUUAUAACACAAAAUACACAACCUAUUUUUGUAAUUCAUUUGGGUGUUUUGAACAGUAACAGAAAUGUAGUAUUUAUGUAACUGUAGUGAUACCAGUCUUGCCACUUCAAAAAAUGUAUAUAAUAAUAAAAUCAAUUCUACUAGUUUCCAAAAUGAAAACAGGAUGUGAUGUAAAACCGCUUAUGCUGGCUACAGUCAGUAGCUAAUGUACGUUCAAACAAGAGCUGUGAUGUGAUGUGAUGAGUUAACCGGUUCUUCCUCAGCUUGAUAUAAAUACUGCCGGACAGCUGGGUUUGAUGCAUCAACAAAUUACAUUUAUAUCUGAACUUGCAUGUCACAGUUUUGCAGGUAAAGUGAUCUUGAAAUUGGGUUUGCCUCUGGUUGAGUUUUCAUGGUGCUGGUGUGUUCUCCACUAGGCUUAAAGUUUAUUUUUAACUGAACUGUAGUUUUUAAAAGUUUGUUUGCAUUGUUACUGUGUGUAUUUGUGUCUUUUUUUUUCCAAAUUGGGUGUUAGGAAUGCACCAUAAAAUAGGCUGUUUCUCUGUCUUGCCUUGUAUUAAAUUUGUACUGAAACCCAAA